GUUUUACCACCACCCCCUCCCCGCUAUACUAUCCCUGUCGCAUAUGCGGCGGGGGCAGCAAAUGGUAUGGCGGUCCCAGUGGUCGAAACGAAUAACACAAUCAGCCACCCGGAAGGUGGCUGUCCACUUCAGGUUGGAGAAGGAACUUACACCCUCAAAGACGACCUCCUCCUCGCAACACCACCUCCCCACCCUUCAGAGGCCCCGAUAGUAAACCCGAACCCUCUUGCGACCGUUCCAAACCCUCCGACCUCUGGCGUGAAGCUGUCGCUGGUCUCCCUCGAUCCGCGCAAGAAACCACCACAAUUUCUGAAGGGACCUGUGCUCGCUCCUCAAUUUGGCGAUGGAAAUCCCGCACUUGCACCACCUGCAGCACCACCUGCAAAGGAUGCUCUCAAGAGACGCAAGCCGAAGAACAAUAUCAUCAAGAGUAGUUCCUCAUUUGUUUCGCGAGUAAUCACCCACGAAACAUCGGCCAAGCGUCUGAGCGAUCGUGAUCCCAAUGGAGUUUUCGCAUUCGCCAAUAUCAAUCGUGCAUUCCAAUGGCUCGAUAUUACCUCCGCGUCCAAAGAAGAUCAUCUAACGAAAGUCUUGUUCACCAAGUCGCAUAUGCUAUGCCAUGAUAUCAACGAAUUGACGAAGACCGCUUCUCAUUUGGAUAUUGUGAUGGGUUCCUCGGCUGGAGAUAUCAUCUGGUAUGAACCUAUGUCUCAAAAGUACGCUCGCAUCAACAAGAACGGUGUCAUCAACAAUUCUCCCGUGACACAUAUCAAGUGGCUUCCUGGAUCCGAGAAUCUCUUCAUGGCCUCUCAUGCCAAUGGCGCGUUGGUUGUCUAUGAUAAGGAGAAAGAAGACGCUUUAUUCACACCAGAGAACACUGGUAUCUCUGAGGAGUCCAGCCAAUUGCCUUUGGAUAUCUUGAAGUCAGUGAACUCGCGAAAUCAGAAGGCCAAUCCAGUGUCAUCAUGGAAACUGGCUGGCCAGAAAAUUUCAAGCUUUUCUUUCUCGCCAGACCAGCGACAUCUGGCAGUUGUUCUAGAGGAUGGAUGUCUGCGCCUUAUGGACUAUUUGAAAGAAGAGGUUCUGGAUAUCUUCCGCAGUUACUACGGUGGUUUAAUCUGCGUAUGCUGGUCGCCAGACGGUAAAUACAUUGUCACCGGUGGUCAAGACGACCUUGUGACAAUCUGGUCAUUCCCCGAGCGUAGAAUUGUGGCCAGAUGUCAAGGCCACAACUCUUGGGUCUCUUCGGUAGCUUUUGAUCCCUGGCGCUGCGAUCAGAAGACCUAUAGAUUCGGUAGCGUCGGUGAUGAUUGUAGACUUCUGCUUUGGGAUUUCAGCGUUGGAAUGCUCCAUCGUCCGCGUGCGCAUCAUCAAAAUUCCGCUCGCCACCGCAGCAGUCUCGUCCCGCCUCCCGCACCGUCCGUGCCUCGCCAUCGUGCUGACAGUGGAGCAAAUCGCAUGCGAUCUGAUUCGGAAAAGACCGAGAACUUCUACGGCGAUAUCGAGCCGGUGGCUAGCCAUCCUAUUGAGCCUCGAUCACGAACUGCGCUCUUGCCUCCUAUCAUGUCCAAGAUUGUGGGCGAGGAUCCAAUCUGCUGGCUGGGUUUCCAGAAUGAUUCUAUUAUGACAUCCUCUUUGGAAGGCCAUAUUCGCACUUGGGAGAGACCUAGUGACAGCGUACUCAAUAAUGACCGCCGUCGUUAA